UUGUUGAGAAGCGAAAGCCAGGGCUGGGACUGCGAGGAGACGGACUGCAGAGUGGGUCAGUGACCGCGCGGGGAAUGAAGCCGGGGCCGCGAGCCUACUGUGACUGCGAUGCAGUGACAGCGAGGGGACUGUGACCCAGGUGGAGCUGCUUGUGAGGGCCGCGGCCCAGAGCAGCAAGUGAGGACUCUGACCUCGGACAGCACGAGGCAGAGGCAGGGGCUGCGACGGGACCAUGACUGAUUAAAAGAAGAUGGACACACAGAGUUCAGCUAAAGUCAAUUCGAGGAAAAGGAGGAAAGAGGCACCCGGACCUAAUGGAGCAACAGAGGAAGAUGGAAUUCCUUCAAAAGUGCAACGCUCUGCAGUUGGCUUACGGCAGCCAGCUCCUUUUUCUGAUGAAAUUGAAGUUGACUUUAGUAAGCCCUAUAUCAGGGUAACUAUGGAAGAAGCCUGCAAAGGAACUCCUUGUGAACGGCCUGUGAGAGUUUAUGCAGAUGGAAUAUUUGACUUAUUUCACUCUGGUCAUGCCCGGGCUCUGAUGCAAGCAAAGAACCUUUUCCCUAACACAUACCUCAUUGUGGGAGUCUGCAGUGAUGAGCUAACGCACAACUUCAAAGGCUUCACGGUGAUGAAUGAAAAUGAGCGCUAUGAUGCAGUGCAGCACUGCCGCUACGUGGAUGAGGUGGUAAGGAAUGCACCCUGGACCCUGACACCUGAGUUCCUGGCAGAGCACCGGAUUGAUUUUGUAGCUCACGAUGAUAUCCCUUAUUCUUCUGCGGGUAGUGAUGAUGUUUAUAAGCACAUCAAGGAAGCAGGCAUGUUUGCUCCAACACAGAGGACAGAAGGAAUCUCCACAUCAGACAUCAUCACCAGAAUUGUCCGAGACUAUGAUGUGUAUGCCAGACGAAACCUACAGAGGGGCUACACAGCAAAGGAGCUCAAUGUCAGCUUUAUCAAUGAGAAGAAAUACCACUUACAGGAGCGGGUUGACAAAGUAAAGAAGAAGGUGAAAGAUGUGGAGGAAAAGUCAAAAGAAUUUGUUCAGAAGGUGGAGGAGAAAAGCAUUGACCUCAUUCAGAAGUGGGAGGAGAAGUCCCGAGAAUUCAUCGGAAGUUUCCUGGAAAUGUUUGGUCCAGAAGGAGCACUGAAACAUAUGCUGAAAGAGGGAAAAGGCCGGAUGCUACAGGCCAUCAGUCCUAAGCAGAGUCCCAGCAGCAGCCCUACUCAUGAACGUUCUCCUUCCCCAUCUUUCCGAUGGCCCUUCUCUGGCAAAACGUCCCCAUCUUCUUCCCUAGCAAACCUCUCUAGGCGUAAGGCCGUAGCCUACGAUAUCAGCGAGGAUGAAGACGACUAACCUUUCAUCCUUUUUUCGUCUUCCUACCUCUGUCACAUCACCUUCAGAAGCCCUCUGUUGAAUUCCACAUUGUGAACCCAACACUAAACAUAAGAACAGCUGCAAAGAAAAGACAAAUGGGGCAAGAGGACCUGAGAAUGAGGGAACCAAAAUUACUCGUGCUGUAACACAUCAAUCGCCCACACCAAGGAGGCUGACCACACCUUAGAAGCCUAUUCUGCAUCUAUCCACUCUCCCCAAGGACUUUCCUUUACUGUUUAUGUUCAUGUGAUCUUGACAGGGAAAUUGUCAUUUUUAUUAAUUUUUUUUUAAAUUAGUCUUUCAAAUAUAGUAAGUAGAACUAACUUUUUUGCCCCUAAGGAGUGGGCAGAAGAAGGAAGUGUGCAAUACCUCGAGGCCUUUUCUUCAUGAUACCCUGUAGUGUUUGCCUUCUGUUCUGAAGCAAAAUGGCUUGCCAGGUCCUUAAGUAGUAAGUCAUGUUGAUGGGUAAUUUGGGGGAAUUAUCUUAAUUUUGACUUCCAAAAAAAAGGAAAGAAAAAGCUAAAAGCUGAAUUAAUCACAAAUCCCCUGUCCUGCUAGCAUGUGUGUCAAUAUGUCUGUGGGAAGAAGCUCUGAGCCUAAAUUUUCUUACUCCCUGAGGAGUUUCUUACUGGACCCAGUAGAGUCCGUAAAGAUACCUAUGAAGAUGGAACCAAACAUGUUGUCAAUUGUAGUUUUUCUGUGGCAUUCAUCAUCUCAGAAAAUUCUGUUGCCCAUUUAUUUCAGAGCUCUUGUCAAUUUUUUCCUGCAACUGACCUAUAAACGAAGGAACACUUUGAGGGUUACUAUGAUUGGAGAGGAGAGUGGGACAAAACUCAAUCCCGUACAAAGUCAGUUUAGGUUGAGAUCCUGCUAGAAGUCCCUUAACCCUGCUAUUUCCAGGCUUUCUAGAAAGGAUACUUUAUUAAUGUCUGUGGAUUGAACUUGAUCUGUUGAUCCAUGAUUAUUGUCAUACUGAGUACUUAAAAAGACUUUCACCAAGUAUGCAGGCAAAAUGAUAAUAAGGAAACAUUUUCAUUUCUAAAACAGUUGUCUUAUAUACAUCUCUGCCCCUCUUAAGAAUGUUCUUAAGUAGAGCCAUGGAGUGUCUCUUCUGAAAGCUUCAGCUGGCAGGGACUUCCCUCCACUGCUUCUCCAGAAAGUCGCAAAUGUGGGUUUGAGUUACUAGGAUAUUGUAGGUCCUCCCUUUCCACCUAUGCCUCAUGGCUAUGGUCCCACCUUACCUGUUAGGUUGCCCAGGGGGAAGUCAGUACUUGAAUUUCAAGUCAAAGACUCACCCCAUCACUCAUAAAGGGGUAGAGCUGUAGUGUUUCCUUGGCCCUCGGCGAGGACUAUGAGCAUCUCACAGUUCCUCCCCACUUUCUGGUAGAAGCUUCCCUACUGCCUGAGGGCCCAUGCCUGCCUGCACAGCAGAGUCCAAAAGCCUAAACUCAGAAUUAUUUGGCCUCAAGGUCUCACAGAAGUCCUGUAGCAGAUUCUAAGAAGGAGUCAUUUCAGCAGCCAGAUAGAGGAGGCAGGUGGGAAGUUUACUGUUUGCAUACACUCAGCUCAGGAGACUGAAGAAUAGAGUUUGCAAUGUGAAAGAAAUGAAAAUGAGUCACUGGUAUUGCUGCAGCUGCUUCUGAUAGCUGAGCCAAGACCUGUGUCAGGCAGAAGCUUGGGAGAGAAGGUUGGGGAUAUGAGGAGGUUGAAAAUUGUAAAGAGGAAAAAAUAUGGACACGGAGAACUUUAACCCUUUCUGGUGACCAUUAAUUUAGGCAGUACCAGAGUUAUUCUUAUUUAACUUGUGGUCACACAGCUGGCCAGGCAAUCUCUAGAGUAUCCCUCUGUUUUGGUUCUUCACAGUGCUUUGUUACUGCUUCAGGGUUAUCUUCACUGGUGCUACCUUUAUAGAGCCCACUGUCUUUUAAAUCCUGCUCUACAUCCAUUACCUAAAAUUUUUCCUAAUCAGUUAUAUUUCCCUGAUUUUCUUUGAUUUCCCAAAGCCAUAGCUUCUAGAUGUCUGUCAGCAUGCAUGCACCAGAAGUUGAACCAAUACAGAUUAAACACACACACACACACACACAGAGAGAGAGAGAGAGAGAGAGAGAGAGAGAGAGAGAGACCUCCCUUAACAAUGUUUUAAGAACAAAUGAUAUUUUUAAAUAUUGCCAAUAUAAGUAUUUUUAAAGGUUAUACUUUUCAAAGUAAUAACAAUGAUUUCUUAUAAACUAGAUUAUCACGGAGGUUAAGGAAUCCUUGCUUCUGUUUUCUCAAAAUAAAUUAAUUUGUUUUGGGGAUUACACUAUUAACUGUUAAUUCUCUUUAAAAGAAGAAAGAUUUUCUGUCUGCCGAAGUACUGUUAGCACUCAGUCUGAGGUAAAAACAGAAGCAUUAGGUUUAACACAAGGGAGAUUCAGAUGUGUUCCUUUAGGCUUGUGGUAGGUCUCCCAUCUUUUGGGGAGGUACUGACUGUUUUAAAUCCCAAGAGUUGAUUGGGUGUUUUAUAUAAAGGGUUUUGUAAAGAAAAGAGUGUUGGAAAGAACUACCAGCCUUGGCAUGAAUCAUCUGUGUGAGCCAUGGGGAAGUUUUCCUCAGUUGGAGUUCAGUCUGUCAUUCUCCUGUCUGCUAUUAAUCUGUUUGGAUUUAUUUUAGCUUUUAUCAGUUAGCCAAAUAAAGACAACUUGGUUUUA